AGACGUAUUCACUGCUAUUUUGACGUAGUGCCCAAACCGCCCACCCUUUCUUCUGCUAUGCCACCCAGAUCUAUCUCAUGCUUCUAGAUCGUUGGCCACACAGGUUUUGCAAUUUCCCAGGACAGCAUCGGUAUCUGAAGAGCCAGCGACAAUCUCGACAGAUUCAACCCAUGCUUUUGAAAUCAUGGCCGGCUCGCUCCCAAAGACGUACAAGGGCGCCGUUCUCGAGAAGGCAGGGCAGACUGUUGUGAUCAAGGAUCUAGAAUUGAAGCUUCCCGGAUCCGGCGAGGUCCUCGUCAAGGUCCUCGCCUGUGGCGUCUGUCAUACGGACAUUCUUGAACAGCAAGGCGGCCUGGGCCCUGUCUUCCCUCGCGUGCCAGGACAUGAGCUGGUGGGUGAUAUUGUAGCCACUGGGGACGGGGUCCUGCGUUUCUGCGUAGGCCAGAGAGUCGGGGCUCCCUGGCACGGAGGCCACGACGGGACGUGCCGGCAAUGCACCAAAGGUCUGUACCAGCUGUGCGACAAUGCCCAUGUGAACGGCGUCAGCUCUGACGGUGGCUACGCCGAGUAUGCCAUUCUUCGGGAACAGGCUCUGGUCAGGGUCUCAAGCGACGUCGACCCGGCACAGGUCGCUCCUUUGCUCUGUGCUGGGGUCAGCGUGUUUAAUGCCAUCCGGAAGAUGCAUGUUGAGCAGGGAAACACUGUUGCUAUACAGGGUAUUGGUGGCUUGGGCCAUUACGCCAUCCAGUAUGCGAGGAAGAUGGGUUACUAUGUCAUUGCCAUGAGCUCCAGCAGCUCAAAGAGGGACUUUGCGCUUGACCUUGGCGCACACGAAUACAUCGACACAAGCAAAGACGAAGCCGUCGCAAAGCUUCAGCAGCUUGGGGGCGCAGCCCUCAUUGUGGCAACUGCACCCAACCCACAGGCCAUCGGUCCACUCAUCGGGGGUCUGCAACCGGGCGGCAAGCUGAUAGUCCUCGCACCUGUGGGGCCAGUGCCAUUCGACACGAAUCUCUUUGUCACUCGAGGAGUGUCUGUUCAUGGCUGGCCGAGUGGGCACACGGUAGACUCGGAAGACGCCAUCAACUUUGCACGAAACCAUGGAAUCAGGUCGAUGGUUGAAAAGUUCACGCUGGCUGACGCCGCUAAGGCUAUGGAGCACUGCAGUUCCAAUCGUGUGCGGUUCCGCAGUGUCUUGGUCAUGUAGUUUCUUCAUUCCUACCAGGGGAAGGGGGGUUUUUGGUUCGAAUUGCACAAUAUAAUCAGUGCAGUGUGCUUGAUACCACCCGAUCAGGGGGCACGAGGGAUAAAUAUCCCGGCACCUGUCAUUGUAUUUGGAGUAACUUGGCCCCUAUGGCCUUUCUCCCUUUCCCUUGAGAAUCAAGUCAAUCCCACCGAU